GAUAAAUAGUGAAACGGAGUAAACAGGUGUCACAGAUUCACCUGUGCAUCAGAAGACAUCAGAAACAAUCCACCUGCAAAUCAUACCUGGGGAUUAAACAUCACCUACACAGGACAUUCUAAGGAAUUAUCUUUUGCACUAAGGACAAAAAAAAUUUACAGACAGCAUGGAUAAACUACUGAUCCUCAGUGUUCUGUUGGUGAUGCUAUCCUGGGCAUUUAUGGCCACAAAUGCUCAGAGCAACAUUACAACUACAACCACUGCACCAACAACUACCACAACCACUGCACCAACAACUACCACAACCACUGCGCCAACAACUACCACAACCACUGCGCCAACAACUACCACAACCACUGCGCCAACAACUACCACAACCACUGCGCCAACAACUACCACAACCACUGCACCAACAACUACCACAACCACUGCACCAACAACUACCACAACCACUGCACCAACAACUACCACAACCACUGCACCAACAACUACCACAACCACUGCACCAACAACUACCACAACCACUGUGGUGGCACCAGGUUUUAAUGGAUUAGUUGGUGCUGCAAAUACAGCCACCGUGGCACCAGUUAAUACGACCACAGGAGCACCAGUUACCAAUGAGACUGCAGCAGCAACAACCAUCAUACCUGCAGUGGCCAGUAUUUCUCGACAAGAAUGUGGCACUUCAAAGCUCUGUGCAGCUGAACCCUCAAAGUGCGAUCCCGCUUCUGGAACCUGCUAUUUCCUUUCUGCCAAGCAACAAAGUGGCCAAACGUACAACUUUGAGCUCUCAGGACAGACAGACGGCUACAUUGCUGCUGGUUUGUCAACUGCUAUAUCUCUGUCUGCCAGUUACAGAGUCUACAUCUGCGCUAACAACAACGGUGCUGUCCGUUUCUUCACUGGCUUCAUCAAUAAUCUGGUUCUAAAUCUGACACAGACACUGAACACAAGCAAUGUGAAGGGAUCAGUCACCACUGGAAAAAUCCAGUGUACAUUUUCAGCUGAUCUACCUGACACAACGACACGAGCAGCAGGCUAUGCCGCGUUUAUUUCAACUGGAUCUUACAAUGCCACUUCCGGGCAACUGGGAAACCCAACCUUCAGAGUCCUAACACCUGUUGUGAACCUCUCUGACCCUACCACCAACAUCACCAAUUUGCUAGGAAACAGCACUUCCUCUGCCUAUCCAGUCACACACACACAGUCAUUUUUGCCAGUUCUGCUGGUCACCGUGUCCAUGCUGGCUUUCACGGCAGUAUGAAGCAGCUUAUCUCCACCAAGUUCAUUUUAUGCUGAUUCAAUGAACAACUCUUCAAGCCUCUGAUCCGCUGCUUGUUGACAAGUUUGUGAUUCUGAAUCAAAAGAGAAAUGAUGUCACCUGCUUCUUCUUUAGUUCUAUAAAACUAUUUACCCACAGGACUACUGGAUUUCUGCUCUGAGAUGUAAGAGCAAUGUAAAACUUUUCAACAAAUGAGGAAAAAACUGAUUUUUGUCAAGAGUCAAAAAUAUGUCAUCAUCAACAGCAUUUGGGUUUCAAGAUCUGGUUACUUUAGAAGCCCAUUUUACUGGUGCAUGUUGAAAUCUUCAAGUCUUAUUUCUUUUGACACUACAUUGUUCUUUGUUGUAAUAAUGGUGUUAAUUAUUUAGCACUUCCUAAAUGAUGAAGUCUUUAAUGGCUGAUGUGAAUGGACAUGUUAAUACAAUUAACACGUUAAAUGUGGUAAUACAUGUUGCAAAUUGAAUAUUUUAAUAUAUAUUUUUAACAAAAUACUUUGUCAGCUUAAUUAUUCAAAUUGAAAUAAAUACAUCUUCCUGA